UUUAGGAUAAAGUGUUUCGUGUAUUAAUCGAGCUAUUCGCCUCCAAAAAUCGCUUCGUUUUUUUUUUCUUUCAUUUUUCAAUUUCAAUAUUAGGUAUUAUGUGUUUAGUAAUUAACUAUAUGAGGGAAGGUCCUGGAGCAACGGAAAUGUUGCUUCUUUGUGAUCUAAAGGUCACAGAUUCAAGUCGUAAAAACAGCAUCUAUUGCAGAGCAAAGGUAAGACUACGUAUAAAAGACAUUCUCGUUCUAAUCUUCGUAAAGUGGAGAAUCAUGUUGACUUGGGUCGCUCUUUAUGUGUGUAGUAAUGAACUAUCUGUACUGACAUUUUUUUUCUCUGCUGAUAUGAACUCAUAGUUAUGGGUGAUUUUGUUAUACUAGUUAUGUUUUGCAUCAUCAAUUGAACUAACACGAUACAGUCAAUGCUGCAUUUCAUCCAUGUGGAAUAUCAUCCAUGCCAAAUAAACUUAGUACGUUAAAGGUUUUUAAGUUUACGAAAUAAUUUAUUUUAAACUACAUGUAAGUCAUUAGCCUUGUGCAUGUAUUGUCGGGACACCACCAUGCACUCGUGCAUGUGACCUUGUUUCGGUCAAAAAACGGCCAGUAAAGAUUGUGACAGUUCAUCUUCCGAUCAGGACACGAGGUUCACAUUUGAUCUAUGUGGGUCUGGUCACACGCUUGGAGGGCCUCUCAAUCUGGAGAAGGACUUACCUACACCUCGACACGCCACUGUAAUGUCAUUGGUAGCAUUUAGCCAUUUAUACAUUGUACUGCAUGAUUGGUCCGGACCGGUGUAGGCUAAUCUCUUUCCUUAAUAUAUAUAUAUAUAUAUAUAUAUAUAUAUAUAUAGAGAGAGAGAGAGAGAGAGAGAGAGAGAGAGAGAGAGAGAGAGAGAGAGAGAGAGAGAGAUACUUGCAUUUACAGGUGUGGCCAUCGGAUAGAUUCCGAAUUUUUAAAACUCAACCAAAAUGCCUAGAAAUAGAGUUCGAAAUUAGGGUGGCCAACUCAAUAGGCUUGGGUUGAAAUUCUUCACACUCAAUUGUCACCUAAGAAAAAAGGCAAACCAACCCAUCCAAACCAUUGUUAGGCGGUUUGGGUUGGGCAGGUUCUAUGGAUUUGGAUUAAUUGGUUUCUUUUUAUUUCUAAUAUGAGUUUUAGUGACAAAUAGAUCAAUAUUUACGUUAAUUAGCCUAAACCAUGUGAUUUUGGUGUUUGUAGAAUUACUACAUGUUACUUAAUAUAUAAAUUUCACUAUUCAAAUAAAGUAUUAAUAAUUUAAAAGUUACUAAAUUUAUAUAUAUAUAUAUAUAUAUAUAUAUAUCAAUUCAAUAUACAUGUAUAUUUAACAAUUACAAUCAUUCGGGUGUGUCAGUUUCAAUCGGGUUAAUAAUAUUUCAACUUAACCACCACUAGGUGGCUCAGUGAUUGAAGACAAAUUCAAACUCGUAUUUUACAAAGCACAUCCUAGGUUUGAUUUUUGGUGUGGUUGAAUAGCACGAUGAUGACCAUGGGUAGGCUAAAAUGCAUAUGUGAGUCUUCCCAACCCCUAACUCAAUCCACCUAUAAAAUGAGUGAUCUUAUUUAUCCAAAAAUAAGUUUCUAAUGUUUAUAACUCAACCCAACUCAACUAAUAUUGGUUAGAUUGGUCGGUAGACCCACUAAAAUGCCCACCCGACAGCAGACCAUGGACUAGGGCAUAUAAUAAAAAUCAAAACUUUUUAUGAGAAAUAUAAUCGAAAACAACAAAAUACAAGGGUAUAAUUGCAAAAAAAACCAGUCACUUAGAUAGUUCAUAGGGCGCUACCUUCUGGGCCUGAGUUUUUGCUUUCCCUUGGAAUUUGCUGAUACAGUAAGAUCCCCACGCUUUGUCCUACCCAAGGAUUGAUUGUGGAUGAAAGUGCCCAUGUACGCUGUGAAAACAACUUAGCUCAGAAUCACUUUCAAUGGGUCCUUUAACAAAUGGGGAGGCUGAGAAAAGUCUUGACAAACCAAACAAUCAAGCUCAAUGUCAGGGUUCUCAUGGGAGAUGUGGAAAUUCGGGUUCUCACAGAACCAAAUCUAGACCGUGUCAUGAGGGAAAUUGUGGGGAAGGAGAUAUAGGAGUGUCCGGAAAAGAUGGACCAACUGAUGUUUUAAAUAAAAAGACGGCACAGCAAAAGGAAAUGACAUUAGAAGACAUGUACAACCAAGACCUCGACGAUGAGGAUGAUGAUAGUGAUUGGGAUCCCUUCCAACAGCCUUUAGAAGUAAUCAAGUGGUUCUGCACCAAUUGUACAAUGCUCAACCUUGGUGAUGUUGACCAUUGCGAAGUAUGUCAGGAACAUAAGACUGGUAUCUUGAAGCAGGGGUGUUUUGCAUCUGCCUUUGAUUCUGGCCUCACUGAGACUCUGUCUGACACUAGAGAAAGACCCAAAGGCUCACAAGAUUCAGCGUCAAAUAGUUCCACAGUUGUAGGAUUCGAUGAGAGAAUGUUGCUACAUUCAGAAGUUCAAAUGAAGUCACAUCCUCACCCAGAAAGACCAGAUCGUAUUCGAGCCAUUUCUGCUAGCCUUGCUACAGCCGGAAUAUUUCCUGGAAGGUGCCAUCCAAUUCCUGCUAGAGAAAUUACACGCGAAGAACUUCUGAUGGUCCAUUCCAUGGAGCAUAUUGAAACAGUUGACCAUACAGGCCAUAUGUAUUCAAGUUAUUUCACUCCUGACACAUAUGCCAAUGAACAUUCAGCACGUGCUGCUAGACUUGCAGCAGGCUUAUGUGCUGAUCUUGCUAAAGCAAUUGUUUCUGGACGUGCCAAAAAUGGUUUUGCCCUUGUUAGGCCUCCUGGUCAUCAUGCUGGUGUAAUACAGGCAAUGGGGUUUUGCCUCCACAAUAAUGCAGCAGUUGCUGCAUUAGCAGCUCAGGUUUCUGGGGCUAAGAAAGUGCUAAUUGUUGAUUGGGAUGUUCAUCAUGGGAAUGGCACACAAGAAAUAUUUGAUCAGAACAAAUCGGUCUUGUAUGUAUCCUUACAUAGACAUGAAGGAGGGCAGUUUUAUCCUGGUACUGGAGCUGCUGACGAGGUUGGAACCAUGGGGGCUGAAGGAUACUGUGUGAAUGUCCCAUGGAGUCGUGGUGGAGUUGGCGACAACGAUUACAUAUAUGCAUUUCAGCAUGUUGUGCUUCCUAUAGCUUCUGAGUUUUCUCCUGAUUUCACCAUCAUAUCAGCAGGAUUUGAUGCAGCAAGGGGUGAUCCACUGGGAUGCUGUGAUGUUACUCCUGCAGGCUAUGAAAAGAUGACACACAUGUUGUCUGACUUGUCUGGAGGAAAGAUGCUUGUUAUUCUUGAGGGCGGUUACAAUCUCCGUUCAAUAUCGUCUUCUGCUACUGCAGUAAUUAAGGUAUUGCUGGGUGAAAGUCCAGGAUGUGAAUUGGACACCCCUUUACCUUCCAGAUCUGGCCUACAAACCGUUCUGGAGGUCCUUGAAAUUCAAAAGAAAUACUGGCCUGCUCUCGGAUCCAGCCUUACGAAACUGCAGUCACAAUUGAAAAUGCACUCUGUUCAAAACAAAGAAAAGCAAAUUAAGAAGAGCCGGCGGGCUGUGGCACCAUUGUUUUGGAAAUGGGGAAGGAAAGCUCUGUUGUAUCAUCUUUUAAACGGGCAUUUCCAUGUAACACAGAAGGGUUGGUGAUCGACUCUGCUGAUCGUGUCCACAUAUGCUUCCUCGUGUAGUUUGAUGCAUUUUUGUGAACAGGUAGCUCGGGAAUGAUAUGUUGAUAUCGCUUCCUUUUGCUUUUCUGCCAAGCGAUGAUGUUUUAAUCAUACAUUAUCAUCAGAACUUAUGAAUUUCAAUUCGGGUACAGAUCUCUCCUUCUCUC